AUGAACUCUCAGGCUGCAACUGAGAGGAUGAAAUAUAUGAUCAAAGAGUACAAAAUUCCUUUGGUUGCUCUUCAGGAACCUUUCAUAAAGGAAUCAAAAAUUGAAAGCUACAAAUACAAUCUUGGAAUGCAUGGGGCCUAUGCUAAUAAUAGUAACAAAAUCUGGAUCUUUUGGGGUAAUGAUAUUGAUUGUUCCAUUUAUUGCUCAGAAGACCAAAUGGUGACUUGCAAAGUGGUUCUGAACUCUUCCCAACAGGUAUUUAUUUCAGUAGUAUAUGAUAAAUCAAGAACAGCUGGUAGAGAGGACCUUUGGAGAUAUAUGCGAGUAAUUGCUUCUACAAUCAAUGAACCAUGGGCUAUCUGUGGAGAUUUUAAUAGUAUUCUAUCUACUGAUGAGAAAAUGGGAGGUAGACCUCACAGUUUAAAAAAAAAGCUUGCCAUUCAUGGAAUGUUUGCAAGUUGUGGUUUAAAAGAUAAUGGAUUCUCGGGGAAUAUUUUCACUUGGUCGAAUGAAAGAAAGGGCGAAGAAAUGAUAUGGAAAGAUUAG